ACCGUCUUGCCGUUAGACACCAUUUCCCAGGGAUCAAAGCGUUGUUUGGGGGGACUGAGCUAAACUGCUUUGCUCAUUUUCGCGGCACACCAUGCAGACGGAAGCUUAAGUGAGACUGGAUGAUUGAUGGAUGAUGGCUUCCUCAGCUGCUACAGAUGAGGCCGAGGAUGAGGUGGAGUUUGUUUCUGAGGGUCCUCUCAGACCUGUACUUGAAUACAUUGACUUGCUGAGUGAUGGAGAAGAUGGAGACACACCCGUUUCAGAGACGAUAGAGGACCAGGUGGACAGGCAGAAGGCCAAAGUUGCAUCAACUCUUGACAGAUUGGCUCGCCAAGUUGCUGUAGAGAAAAAGGAAAGAGCAGAAAAGUGCAAAGCUUUUAAGGAGAAGAUGGUUACCCAGCAAGCUCAUGGCCGUCAGGAAUUGGCUUUCAGCCGGAGCAAUGGAGAGAGCCGUGAUGCCAAGCACUGUGUGGACAUGUGGUUAAAAAUGCCGGGACUAAGACCAGGUGUACUCCACACUGGCUACAGGAGGGGGCGAAGGUCCGCCCCUUGUCCCACCAACCAAUCCUCAACACACGCCUGUCCUGUUGUCAACUGCGGCCGAGUAUACGACAGUGUUCUCCUCCUGGAGGGCCACUUGAAAAGGUUUGACCACUCACCAUGUGACCCCACCAUCCUACUGAAAGGUGGCCCAUCAGAAUCCUAUGCCUGUGUUGCCUGCUCUGAACGAUUUGACACCAAAGAGUCAUGGGAGGGUCACCAGAGGUCAAAGGUGGCCUCCGCCAAGGCCGAGGGCCACGUCAGCACGCACACCUGUCAGCUCAUCCAGUGCUUUGCCUGUCCCUCCUGCUUCUUGCUCUUCAGCAUCAGAGACCAGUGCCUGCAGCACAUGUCAGCCAAGAAUCACUUCAGCCAGGCACUCAAAAUGACCGACAUGAAGACAUUAGCCAAUCCCAUCCCUAUUCCACGCUAUGCAAAGAACCGCCUAAUUGCACUGUGCAGAGAUGUGCCAUUCUGCGUCAGGUGCACAGCCUGCAGGAAAGUGCUCAGUUCACAUAUGGAGGCCCGGGCACACUUCAAUGUGCACUGCAGACAGGGUGGGGCCAUAGCUGAGGCAGAUCAAACGGUGGCUCAGGUCAUGAGUCAGCUGCGAGCACUUGGCCACUGCUCCCAGUGCACCCGACUCUUCUUCCAGGAUGGUCAGGUGGAGAGGCACAAACAAAAGACCCAACACGAGGUGGAGCUCUUCACCACCAUGGAGCAGUCUGUUCUGCACUACUGUAACUACUACGAUACCUUAAACACGCAGCAGAAGGUGGCAAAGGUGGGGUCCAAGCGUCCAAGCCCGCAAACCCCCUCCCAGAAGAGAGACACAGAGAAAGAUGGUUUUGUGGGAUCCCCGGCAAAGAAGCAGAGACACCAGACGGAGAGGGUUGCCUGGGUCUGUGAGUGCGGCCUUCAGUUUCCUGAGGAGGCCACCGCCCACAAGCAUCUCCUGGCAGCCAAUCAGAUCUUCCACAAGUGUGGGGUGUGUGGGAAGGAGAUGGGAGAGGCCUCCAUCGCCCGGCUGCAUAUGAGUCGAUUCCACGGCGGGGCGCACCUCUCAAACUUCCUCUUCCGAUGCCGACGUUGCCAGGUGGACAUGCCCCGGCAGGAGGAUAUCCUGUCACAUGUGGGCGACGCCCACCAUGGCCACACAUUCUACCGUGAGCAGGAAGUGACAGAGGAAGAGCACAGAUCAGCCUCCACCAGUACAUCGCACGUAAAGCACUCGGCUAAGGCAAAAGCAAGUCAGUCUGCCCCCGCUGCCCAGACGUCCCGCGCCAAACGGGCUGAGAGGUGGCUCUGCAGGAUGUGUGAGGACCUCUUUGACUCCGAAGCGGCCGUGCAGGAGCACUGCGGGGACGUGGGCAGCCACAGCUUCCAGAGGUUCCUCUGCGGCCAGUGCGGGCAGAAGUUCUUCAAGGAGGCCACCCUGCGCAGGCACUGCGAGAGGGAGCACGGGGGCCGGGCCGAGCUCCGCUACUUCUGCGGCCUCUGCGACAGCAUGCAGCAGGACACGGAGGAAGAGUUCCUGCUGCACUACCAGAGCCUCCACAGCAGGGACUACUACCGCAUGGAGGAGGAGGAUCAGGAGUCUCAAGGGGACACGCCGGGCCCAUCAGUUAAGGACCCAUGUCCCUGUAUGGCAACCGAGAAGGACAAGGCCCAGAGGAAGACGGUUUUCACUCAGUGCAUGAAGCGGCUGGCCAGCUCAGGACAGUGUAGCUACGUGUGCUCUCCGUGCAACCUGCGGACUCCAUACUACAUACAGAUGAAAGCCCACAUGCAGCAUGAGCACACGUCUGUUGAUAAAAGUUUUGAGGUGACGUGUGGAUCCUGUCCAAUGAGCUGUUCUGAUGUGCCUAGCUUCCACACCCACUACCAUUCCCAGCACUGCCCUCUGGAGCCCUGUGUGCACCUGAGGGGAAAGGGAGCGGAAGUGAAGGAUACAGCUUCUAUUCUGAAGGUGCUGAAGGCAGAGGAGAUCUCUCCGGAAACUAAUGCGGUGGAAUAUGAGGAGGUGAAACGUAUUACGUUGAGUUCAGAGGAGACCCAGAGGAAUACGGAGGGAGACAAAGAUGAAUAUGAUGAUGAUUUGAAACGCGCCUUGGCUUUGAGUGUGGAGGAGACAAGGAAGCAGACCGAGUUAGACAGAGGUAUGUCACGUUUGAUUUCCAUUUCUUUUAGGUAAUAUUUUUAGUGGGAAACAGGAAAUCCUUAGAUCUUUAAGUUUGGCAGU